UACAGAGUAACUGAGAUUUUCUUCAACCUAUUUUCUUAACCUAAUUUCAGUUUUCUGACGGCAAAAUUUUCAUACAAUCAGCAAGUUUGCUUGGGAAACGUGAAUAUUAGAUUGAAAUCUCGUUUCCCAUUCGUUUCCGGGAUGAAUUCAGUUUGAAACACGUCUCUAUUUUUCUGAAACGGUUUCGGCGCGCGUUUCCCGGUUUCCCCGUUCCAGGACGUUUCGGAAACGGGAGAUAAAAGUUGUAGUUUUGUGUGUGUAAAAUGAAAUCGGUGUCGGGGGAAGUAGUAUCUUGUGAGACUUUCCCUCUUUCCAAAGCUGCUAGGGUCCUGUCGAAUUUUGUGGCUGCAGACAAUGGAGCAUCCCCUGCAUUUGCUGCGUACUUGAGGCGCGCUUCAGCCUCCUUCAAUGAACUUGCUCAGCUUCAUAAAGAGCAUAAGAGGUCAAGAAGUCAAACCAAAGUUAAGAAGCAACAUUCCCAUGGCAUUGUUAUAAACAGUAGCAAGAGGAGGGAUCUUGAUCUUCGAGCUGUGAAUAACAGACACAGUGAAGAAGAAGAAGCUGGAAGAAUUGAUGUUAGUUUGAAUGUUGAUGUGGAGACGAGGAGGCAUAAAAGCAAGAAUAGGAGAGAUAGAGGUGAGGGGAAACAUAAGAAUAGGAGCAUGGAAGUUGACAGGAAUGUGGAAGAUGUAGGAGGGGCUGGGAACAAGUCAAAGAUAAACAAGGAAACCAGUGAUGGUGUUAAUGCAAUUCAAGUCAAGAAUGAUACAGAAAGCUUUGACGGAAGUAAAGAAAACAAGAAAAACAAGAGAGUCAAGCUUGAAAAAGAAACUAGUGGUGGUACUCAAACUGUGGAAAACAAUGGUGAUGAGCCAAAGAAACGCAACAAGAGAAAGAACAAAAGUGAAAUAAAACAAGAAAGUAUCAGUGGUGGCGUUAAGGUGGAAGAAGAAAGAAAUGAUAGCAUGGGAGAUCAUCUAGAGAAUGUAGUUAAAGGUAGUAAAGAAAAGAAACAUAAGAAGAAACGAAAUCGUCAAGAGAAAGAAAGAGAAAUUGAGUCGUCCAACAACAAAGAGAGUAGAAAAAGGAAGCAUGAGAGUGUUGCAGUCGGAGAAUUACAAGGCUCACAGGAAAAACACAAAUCAAAGAGAAAGAGAAGUAGCUGAUAGAUUAGAGUGUACUCAAUUGUUAAAGCCAAUUUUGGAUUCAAAAGUCAAAAGUGUAAGUUGGUGGCUAUUUUUGGUUAAUCCUGGAACAUAACUUGAUGUUACAUUGCUGAUUUUAGUUAAGUUAUUUUAUAAACUAUGUGUUACCACUUACCUCUCGCAUUAGUACGGUAAUACCUUGGUUUUAUUGUUUGUAAAAUUGGUCUGUUUUAGUUUUGUCAAGGGAAAAUGGAGUCGAUUGACGGGACAUGCUUAUCUAUUUGCUUGCUUUUGGAGCUAGUAGUCUUGCAGAUGAUAUGCAUAUGUAUUAAUGUAUUAUGUAUUAUGUAUUAUGUAUUAUGUGGUUGGAUAGUUCA